GUUUACGGGUUGAUAAAACUUAAAAACACGGAAGUGGAUUAAUUCAUUGUUCUGUUGACGCAGUCCAGACAAAACCCAAGACUGGACAUUAACGAGGAACAACAUACUAUGCACUUGUAAGGAACACAACAGUUGUGCUUAUUUGUACUCGGACCAAUGGCGGACCAAGAAGAGGAUAUUGUACAAGAAUUUUCUGUGACGAAGCUAUCCGGACAGCGCGUGGUACUUAAGAUUGACGUUAAAAGCGACAGUUUCAAAUACAUGAGGAAAGGAGAGGUGAAACACUCGUGUAGGAUUAAAGAUCUGAAUGCCACGUUAAAGAAUGGUUUACAAAUUGAAGUUAGGAUUGGCACUCUAAAGAAGACAUUAUCAGCUGAAACAGAACAGAUAAAGGAAGAAAUAUUAAAAACCAUCCAGGCGGCUGUAGAGGAACAAACAACAAAACAGAAUUACCCACUGAGGGAGGGAUCUCGUGUCAUUAAAGAAGGCUUCUUGAUGAAAAAAGGAAAUGCUGUCAUUGAAAAAUGGGCCAGGAGAAAAGUUAUCAUUAAGCAAGGAGUUUUGUUCUACUACCCUGAAAAUUCAGAGAAAAGGGUGAACCUUUCCCCUGUAGUGGAGUGUCACGUGGAUGCUAUAGGAUUAGAUAAGUUCAACGUCACCGUGCCUGGUAGAACUUACAGUUUUCAAAUUCCCAACUCGGUACGAGACAAACAAGAAGAACAAUCAGAGUGGAUAAGAUGCAUCAGAAUUGCUAUAUCUGACAGUUCUUCUGAAGGUUCAAAAAUUAGAAAAGGAAGUCGAAAAGUGUUGCCGGACAAUGAUUCACGUAGUAGCGUUAAACGUAGAUCGAUACCAAAAUCGCCAAUUCUGAAACAAGGUUACCUGGACAAGCAAGGCAAUGCAACUGUCAAAGUGUGGAAUGAGCGAUUUGUCAAAGUGGAGGCAGGAAAAUUAUCCUAUGCACUUCCAGAAAAAGUUGAGAAUGCCUUAAAUGUGAUAUAUCUUCAUGAAAAUAACGUUUGCGUCAUUUCCACUAAAAAUUAUGGGUUUGAUGUCAAGGUGCCUAACAGAGUUUAUCAUUUUAGGCUACUUGAAAAUACAGAGAACAGAGAUGAAGAGUUUUCCUCCUGGAUGGAAGCACUCAACAGAGCCUGUAGCAUGAAGAGCUCCUCUGAACUGCUCCAAGAUUUAGGCUGUGGAGAUGGUUUCGAGGAGAUUGAUCUUUCAAAACCGGAUGUUGAGGGAGAUAUAGAAAACUCUGUUGAUGAUAGUAAUCGACUUACUGUAAUGGUUCCUCCUGGAGAAAAAUUAAACGUGAUAAAAAAACCAACGAGACCAGGAUUUAAGAGACCAACACGACAAAAUGUAAGGAGGGACAGCGAGGAGGAGGAAGAGCCGUCAUAGCUGUUAAAGAUGUUAAUCUUUAUUCUGUGAUACACAAUUAUUAGGCCAAAGUUUUUUUUUCUUUUGGUUUACGAUUCCGCCGACCCUAAUUUUCACCAAUCAUGAAAAUAAAA